GCGACGGAGCGUGAUGCCGGGGAAGACACAUCUGGCGCAUCCUCCAUGCCGGGACAAAGACUUUCCCAGAUUAGAAGGCGGAAAAAGAAGACUUGGGAGGACAUGUUCAAUGAGUUAAUGCACGCCUCCGAGAGUGACAAAACCGAGUUCAGUGCAUGGAGGAUUAUACUGCCCAACAGCCUGCACAAUGAUCGCGAGGACAGGAGAGCAAGCAGGGAACACGAGCAUGACAUGCAGGAUGAGAUGGUGCAGAUUAUGAAGGUGCAAUCAGACAUGUUGAGGCAUCUGGUUGAGGUUCAAAAAAGGCAGCUGGAUGCUAGAGACCAGCUGCAGCCUAUGCUGUACCUGCUGCCAUUGUCGCCAAGUUCCACAUCCUCCUCUCCCAGACGUCCUAGGAUGUGCGGGGGAGGGAAGUCCGGUAUCCCUUGCACUCAACUCCAGGGGAGGGUAUAUGAACCAGAAGGUGCCCAUUCCCACACCUUUUAUUGUUAUUGCAGUGCAGUUGUAAGCAAGCUGUCCUUUCUCAGCCAAGCACUGAAUAUUUGGAAAGUUUCACAACAUUCUGUUCAAGACUUUGCAUUAUCACAUGGGAACAAGAGAAGAGAUGUGAAUGAGAAGCCAGAUAUAGACGACAGACUCAAACUACAUGCAAAGACUGUCACAGCUGAAGAAUAA